CUGCUGCUGGCACGAGGCAAGCAGGAAACUGGGGUCGCUAACGUCAGUGCGCAUGCGUAGAACACACGUCUGUUGUGUUGUUAUCACGAGUGAAGUGGGAGACAGAGCGGUCCUCGUGAGUCGCACUUACACUUUGUGCUGGACACAAACAUGACAACACGGGACGUGUCGUCUAACCGCACUGAGGCGAGCGAAACGGACCGGCGGAUUAGAAAGACUUUAAAUCCCUUGACUUCUGAGCUGUUACUCAGAAACUCUCCGCUCUCUUUGUGUAAAGAUAUUUAACCGACUGCGCUGUCUGUCAGUCAAUCAGCUCACACCAGCUGCAGGUUGUUUACCUGUCCGAGCGCGAGGCUGUUGUACCUCAUGCACGUGCGCAGGUGAUUGACAUUCAGACAUGAAUGUAGCUUUGUGGAAUCAGCUCCAGGCUGGGAGCUCUGAGGUGGACUGGUGUGAAGGGAAUUAUCUCAUCUAUUCAGGAAUAGCGGAGUUUUAUAACACGAUAAGCAACUUUUUAUUCUUCAUUCUUCCCCCCAUUCUGAUGUGCCUUUUCCGUCAGUAUGCCACGCAUUUCAACAGCGGUAUCUAUCUGAUUUGGACCCUCCUAGUGGUGGUCGGAAUUGGCUCCACUUAUUUCCAUGCUACCCUGAGUUUCCUGGGACAGAUGCUGGAUGAAUUAGCAAUCCUCUGGGUUCUCAUGUGUGCCAUUGGCAUGUGGUUCCCCAAGAGAUACCUGCCCAGGAUUUUCCGAAGAGACAGAUCAAGGUUUAAAAUGGUUGUAGGCGUACUCUCUGGGAUCACCACUGGUCUGGCCUUCAUUAAGCCGUCCAUUAACUCGAUUUCGUUAAUGACACUCGGGGUUCCGUGCACUGCUCUACUCAUCACAGAACUUAAGAGGUGCGAGAAUCUGCGUGUGUUUAAGCUGGGCCUCCUUGCUGGACUGUGGUGGACUCUAGCAAUCAUGUGCUGGAUCAGUGACCGUAUUUUCUGUGAGAUGUGGUCAUCUGUAAAUUUCCCAUACCUCCACUGCGCCUGGCACAUUCUGAUCUGUCUGGCCUCCUACCUUGGCUGUGUGUGCUUUGCUUACUUCGAUGCAGCCACUGAAGCUCCAGAGCAAGGCCCGGUGGUUAGAUUCUGGCCCAGUGAGAAGUGGGCCUUCAUUGGAGUGCCCUACGUAACCUUGCUUUGUGUUCACCACAAGCCAUCCAUCAAAGUGACGUAAUCAGCCAGCGCUGCUUAAAAUAUCAGAUAUCAAUGCACUUUUAUAGACUUAGCAUUCUUGAGACUGAGGAUUCAGUGGCUCCAGGAACUGUUUUGUUUGUAUUAAAUGAUAUACUUCACAUUAUAUAUUUAUAUUCACAUUCAUUAUAUUUAUAUACUUAUAACAAUGGUUCCAAAAAUUAAAACAAAUGCACCAAAAGAAUAUUUCUUGAAUACUCUCAAGGCCCAAGCACAAAUGAGCACAACUAAACACAGACAUUUCUUUUGGUGUGUAAGGGAAAUAUGUUAUUAUCCCCUGAAUGGUUUGUCACCAAUACAAAUAAUUAACCCCUUGAGAAUGCAUAUUAAUCACUUUCUACAAAUACUUUUUAAUAGUGUGAUUUAAUUCUUUAUACUAGAGAUAUUUUCAUUGAGUGUAAAAAUGUUAAUGGUGAACUAAAAUCAAAACAUAAUUUAUCAGUAUUCAACCAGUAUGAAUUAUUUUCAGGAUAAAGUCAUUUUUCUAUGAACUUUCAUUUAACUGGGAACAUGAAUUAACUGGUCAAAUAUUUAGUCAUAUUCAAUUGUGUGAACCCAUUAUAGGUCUGUGUGAAGGAUAACAAUGUGUUCAUAUUUUAGCUUAUAGUAGUUUAAAACAAAUCUUGAGCCAUGUUAUGCUGCUGUACUGCACACUGUACAGGGAAAUGUAUUGCAUGAAACUGCAUUAUAAACAAGCGUUCUAGAAAAAAAACCGAUUACAUCAAUUAUCGGAGUUUUUAUUAAUGCUUUGUGUGUCUACAUUUUUCAUGAGGCAAUGUCUUUUUGGUAAACAAAUGCAUGCUUUGUUGUAUGGACACAGGAAACUAGUCUGUUUGCAGAUAAACCAUUCAGCCAUAACAUUAAAAGCAUCUGCGUAAUAUUGUGUAGUUCCCCCUACUGCCAACAAACAGCUCCUAGACAUUGAGGCUUGGACUCUUUUAGACAUCUGAUGGUGUGCUGUGGUAUAUUUGGUAGGACAAUUAUGGAAGGUACUAAAUACUGCAUACCAGGAACACCUCACAAGACCUGCUGUUUCAUAAAUCCCACCCCUUGUGACCUGGCAGUGGUUUCAAUGUUAAGGCUGAUCGGUAUAGUUUCCAUGUAAUAGUAAAGUGUCAUUCAUGCUCUUGGAACUCAUUCUACAUGAUACAAUCUCAUUCUCAACACAGUGUGAGCCAGGCUUGCAGUGUUUGGCUAUGACAUACUGUAAGCUGAUAUUUAAGUGCCACAGCGCAGCAUCAUUUGGAGGCCCAAGUGCCUCAUUUUAGAUUGAUGUCUAAAUCUAUUUUGUAUUGAAAAAAAAAAAAACUACUUACAGGACAACACAACACACAGCAAACUUUUGUCAUCUCAAAGGAGACAAAAGGACACUAUUUUUUCUGUUUUUAAUUAAGGACUAAAGGUUUAAAUAAAGGAUUUUGUAGUUGCUGAUAAAUUGUAAAAUUGUAUUUUGCAUAAAUUAAAUGAUUUCUGUUUUAUGUAAUUAAAAUAUUCACAACUGCCAUUGUUUAACGUAAAGAAAGAUGCAGCAUUGUACUGUAUGUUCUUGUAUGUUCACAGCUGUUAUAUCUGGAGUUUUCUUAAUUCAAAAUACAAUGCAAGUGCUAUUGGU